CAAUGGCAUUUUGCUUAAUAUGUGUUAUCAAAGGCAUUCAAAGUGGGAUGUUUUAUCAAAGGCAUUCAAAGUGGGAUGUCUUAUCAAAGGCAUUCAAAGUGGGAUGUUUUAUCAAAGGCAUUCAAAGUGGGAUGUUUUAUCAAAGGCAUUCAAAGUGGGAUGUUUUAUCAAAGGCAUUCAAAGUGGGAUGUUUUAUCAAAGGCAUUCAAAGUGGGAUGUUUUAUCAAAGGCAUUCAAAGUGGGAUGUUUUAUCAAAGGCAUUCAAAGUGGGAUGUUUUAUCAAAGGCAUUCAAAGUGGGAUGUUUUAUCAAAGGCAUUCAAAGUGGGAUGUCUUAUCAAAGGCAUUCAAAGUGGGAUGUUUUAUCAAAGGCAUUCAAAGUGGGAUGUUUUAUCAAAGGCAUUCAAAGUGGGAUGUUUUAUCAAAGGCAUUCAAAGUGGGAUGUUUUAUCAAAGGCAUUCAAAGUGGGAUGUUUUAUCAAAGGCAUUCAAAGUGGGAUGUUUUAUCAAAGGCAUUCAAAGUGGGAUGUUUUAUCAAAGGCAUUCAAAGUGGGAUGUCUUAUCAAAGGCAUUCAAAGUGGGAUGUUUUAUCAAAGGCAUUCAAAGUGGGAUGUUUUAUCAAAGGCAUUCAAAGUGGGAUGUUUUAUCAAAGGCAUUCAAAGUGGGAUGUUUUAUCAAAGGCAUUCAAAGUGGGAUGUUUUAUCAAAGGCAUUCAAAGUGGGAUGUUUUAUCAAAGGCAUUCAAAGUGGGAUGUUUAAUCAAAGGCAUUCAAAGUGGGAUGUUUUAUCAAAGGCAUUCAAAGUGGGAUGUUUUAUCAAAGGCAUUCAAAGUGGGAUGUUUUAUCAAAGGCAUUCAAAGUGGGAUGUUUUAUCAAAGGCAUUCAAAGUGGGAUGUCUUAUCAAAGGCAUUCAAAGUGGGAUGUUUUAUCAAAGGCACUUAUAUUGCUAAGUGUUUCACAUUUGGAUGCUUUAUGGCCAAUGGAUUUGGUAGAUAUAUAUAGAGUGUGUGUUCAUCACUUUAAUUAUUAUUGUAUACAUUCUUUUCAGUACAUGUACUGUACAUCAUGUACAUGUAUAUUAAUUGUAUUAAAUGUUGAUGCCAUUGGGGUUUUAUGGAUUUAAAUGAUACUUAAGGACUUUGCCUUCCUAAAAUAUAUUUAUAAAAUCAUAGCCUGAAAGCUUAAAAAAAUUGCAUGGUUAACAAUAGAGGUGUCAAGUAUUAACCGGUUAACUGGUUAACCGCCGAUAAUGCCUUGACCGGUCUGUGUUUUUAUGGGCGGUUAGUUGACCGUGUAUAUAAUUCUGUUAUUUCCCGCGCUUAUUUUGCAUGCUAAUCCGUUUGGUUUUAUGGUGUCAGUUUCACGUAAGCUACUCAUACAUGUCAUAAGUCCUAUAACUCCUUACAAACAUCCAAUCAGCAACUUUAAUCCCUGCCACAUUGCUUUCCCGCGCUUACUUUGCAUUUUAAUCUGUUUGUUUUUCAAGCGUCAGUUUCAUGUGAGCUACUCACACAUGUGAUAGGUCCGAUAAUUCCUUACAAACAUCCAAUCAGCAACUUUAAUUCCUGCCACAUUGCUUUCCCGCGCUUACUUACAUAGAAUAGAGUAAAGCUUUACGAACGUAAAAAUAAACGCUGAUAUAUAAUUUUUCCAAUUUUUUUCAACUUUCAAGAUCGAAGAUGAAGAUUUCAUUUGAAAUUAUCAGUUCAAAUUUCCCGCCGUUUAACCGACUUUAACCGGUAAAAACCCCCGGUUAAUGCUCAAGCGGUUAAUUGACACCACUACUUAACAAAGAUGAGGAGUUUUAAGGAUUUUUAACCUACCUGCAUCAUAAAU